UCAGUUUAAAGACUUCCUUCGUUGAUGAAAAGGCUGACAAGAGAAUGAACCAACCACGUCCAAUACCGAUUGUGUCCUUAAAGGAACAGCAUAAAUUUACUUUGGAUGUAGCACAGUUGGAAGAUAUCUUGCUGCAAGACCACAUUAAAGAUUGUCAUGUGGUAGUAGUAUCAGUGGCAGGAAGUUUCCGAAAAGGCAAAUCGUUCCUUUUGGAUUUUUUCCUUCGCUUCAUGAAUCAUACGUGUAAAUCCGAUCAAACGACGAAUGCUAGUUGGUUAGGAGAUGAAAAUAGUCCAUUGGAAGGAUUUUCAUGGAGAGGAGGUUUAGAACGUAAUACCACUGGUAUUGUAAUGUGGUCCGAAGUGUUCCCUGUUACUUUACCAAAUGGAGACAAGGUAGCCGUAAUUUUAUUGGAUACUCAAGGAACGUUCGAUUGCAAAAGCACAGUUCAAGAAUGUGCUACAGUAUUCGCUCUAAGUACAAUGCUGAGUUCGAUCCAAGUUUAUAAUUUGUUUCAUAAUAUUCAAGAAGAUGAUUUGCAACAUUUACAAUUAUUCACAGAAUACGGACGUUUGGCUUUGGAAGGUGCUGAUUACAAACCAUUUCAGAAAUUACAAUUUCUUGUUCGGGACUGGAGUUAUCCGUAUGAGGCAAAUUAUGGAUUGGAAGGAGGACGCAAAUUAUUGGAUAAGACACUGAAAAUUUCUGAUGAGCAGCAUCCAGUUUUGCAAUCAUUGAGAAAAGAUAUUGCAUCCUGUUUCACUGAUAUUCAGUGCUUUCUAAUGCCUCAUCCUGGAUUUAAAGCUACGACUAAUCCAGCUUUUGAUGGAAGAUUGUCUGAUCUGGAAAAUGAAUUCAAAACUUGUUUAGAGCAAUUUGUACCAAUAUUGCUUUCACCAGAAAACAUGAUUCAAAAAGAAAUUGGUGGUGAAAAAAUCAAAGCUAAAGAUUUAGUGAGAUAUUUUAAAUGCUAUAUGGAGUUAUUCAGUGGAGAUGAUAUUCCUCAACCAAAAUCUAUUCUCGCAGCAACUGCAGAAGCAGCUAAUCAAUCGGCUUUAGCAGCAGCAAAGGAAAUGUAUAAUCAACUUAUUUUAGCGAUUUGUGAAGCUGCUGAACCAUAUCUCAGUUCGGAGGAAUUAGAAAAGGAGCACGAAAAAUGUAAAGCAGAAGCUAUAGAGAAAUUUACUCAAAAAUCCAAAAUUGGCGGAGAUGAAUUUUCCAAAGAAUAUAGAAUUAAACUGGAACAGGAUAUUGAUAAGGAAUUUAACCGCUUCAAAACUUUUAAUGAAAGUAAAGGCAAAGCCAGUAACCAGUUGGCAGUCUCCAAAGCUAAAGACACCUACCGUCGUCUUAUGACAGAAAUUUGUGAAGCAUCUCUGUCUUGCUUAAGUUCUGAUGAGUUGCAAUUGAAACACGAAGAAUGUAAAAAAGAGGCUCUGGAACAGUUUGAAGAAACAUUUCAGAUGGCUGAAGAAAACGUUUUGACGUUAUUCCGAAUUAAAUUAAAACAGGAUAUCGAUGAGUAUUACGAGCAGUUCAAAUCUUCGAAUCAGAACAGAAUCCAAAUCAGUUAUCAGUUAUCUUAUAUAAAAGCUAAACAAUUUUAUCACCAUCAUAUGGUGAGCUCAACUGAGGAAGGAAUUAGAACAGAUUUGAGUAGCGAAGAGUUACUACAGAUGCAUAUUAAAUAUAAAAAUCAAGUUCUAAAGCACCUUAGCGAGACAUACAAAGAGGAAUUUACUGAAAUCCGUAAAACACAACUGGAACAGAACAAACCCGAAAUCCAAAAAAGUCGAAUUUUUUUGGCAAAACCAGUCUUAUUCCCUGCGCCUUGGGGAGAGGCAAAUUUUAGAAAAAAUGAGACUAGCUUAAAAAGAAAAACUGGUUCGGCCCUGGCAAAACAAGUUCCGCCUCCUAAGGGCCUGUUUAGAACUUAG